AUGAUAGCAUGGAUAAAACAGUUGGUGAUCACAUUCGGGGCUUCGUUUCUUUGGCUCGUUUGCUUGAUUUACUUUACCCAGGGUUUUAGAUCAUUUGUAUGGACAGCAGUUUCCUACCAGCUGAAAGACAAAUUAAAGCUAUCACCCUCAGCUUCUCAAUUCGUAACCUCGAUAUCAUUUUUUCCAUGGAGCAUAAAACCAGUAUACGGAAUUAUAUCAGAUUGUAUCCCAGUAAAUGGAAGGAAAAGGGUUCCUUAUUUAGUCAUUGCAACACUUCUCUCCCUCUUUUCAUGGGCGAUUCUUGGCUCACAGGAAUCAACAAGAAAUUCUCAACAUCAACUCAUGAUCUUCUUGUUAUUGCAAAAUCUGGGCUCUGCAAUGGCAGAUGUUGUCAUUGAUGCAAUGAUUGCAGAAGCAGCAAGGCGUGAAAAAGCUAAAUACGCGGGGGACCUGCAAUCAAUAUCCUGGAUGACAAUGGCUCUAGGGGGAAUAUGUGGUAGUUUGUUUGGAGGAUAUGCACUAACUAAUCUCCAAAUGGGCAACAUAUUUUUACUUUUCUCAUUUCUGCCAACUAUACAGCUACUUUCAUGUGGUUUUGUGACAGAAAGCCCAAUCAGUAGUUUAAAUUUUACCGUGUUUCCUAGCUUUAAUGCCUCUGAAAUAUAUAGUGGAAGUGGACCAGAUGAAGAAAGAUCAUCAAAUGAGGCUCCUAAACCUGGUUCAUUGGUGAGAAAGAGGAGCCAUAAAAUCAGCAAGAAAAAAUAUUUAGAGUCAAUUAAAGAUCAGAUGCCUGAAAAAGAAGGAUCUCUGCCAUUAAAAUGGUUUUGGUCUUUGAAAAUGGCUGGUUAUACUUUGUUUGAAGCUUUUCGACAGCCAAUCAUUUUAAGACCAAUGGGUUGGUUUUUCCUAUCGCAGGUGACGAUUCCUAAUCUAUCAACAGUGAAGUUCUAUUACCAAACAGAAGUUCUGAAUCUAGAACCUUCUUUUUUGGGCACUUCCCGUGUUAUUGGCUGGAUGGGCCUCCUGUUUGGAACUUUCAUUUACAACCGCUUUCUAAAGAAGAUCAAGUUACGAAAACUUCUCACGUUGUCUCAUGUUAUACUCUCUCUCACGACACUUCUAGACAUAGCAUUGGUUUCUAGACUAAAUGUUGGGUUUGACAUUUCGGAUGAAGCAAUGGUGUUGUUUGGGUCUGCUCUCUCUGAUGCAAUCCAUCAAUUCAAGGUGAUGCCUUUCCUGAUUCUAUCAGGCUACCUAUGUCCACCUGGAAUAGAAGGGACUCUAUUUGCGCUCUUCAUGUCAAUAAGCAAUUUUGGGUCCACUAUAAGUUCCUUUUUUGGUGCUGGUUUGGCUUCGGUUCUAAACAUCUCUUCGGGUUCCUUUCAUAAUCUUAGUUUUGGGAUUGGGAUUCAAGUCAUUUGCACAUAUAUACCAAUUGUUUUCUUGUUUUUGAUACCAAAGGAUGCUACUGGGAUGACAACAUAAUUCAUAGAUUACUUACUUUAGAUGACUUGAUUGUUAAAUGGGAUGGAUUAUGGAAUGAGAGGAGAUAGUUUCAAC